AUGUCGGUUCUUCUCGAGACAAGCGCUGGUGACAUUGUCAUCGACUUGCUUGUCGAGUAUGCUCCGAAACUUUGCGAAAAUUUUGUUAAACUCUGCAAGACAAAAUACUACAACUUUUCUCCCAUACAUUCAAUCCGAAAGAACUUUUCCUUCCAAACCGGCGACCCUCUAGGACCAUUGUCAAAAAAGUCUGAUGGAGGUUCGUCUAUUUGGGGCUUGGUCUCCGGAGACCCCGCACAGCGUCCUUUUCAUGCUUUUUUUCAUCCCAAGUUGAAGCACCUCGAGCGCGGCACAGUCAGCAUGGCCACAGUGCCUCUAUCGAACGAUCCAGACACUCGAAUGGCCGCCUCGCAAUUUAUAAUAACCCUGGGCGAGGAUACAGACUUUUUGGAUGGAAAGGCCGCCAUAUUCGGCAAAGUUGUGGAGGGUUUCGAUGCCUUGGAAAAGAUCAACGAAGCCAUCGUCGAUGACAAUGGCUACCCGUUGAUUGAUAUCCGAAUUAAACACGCUGUCAUUUUGGACGACCCCUACCCAGACCCAGCAGGCUUGAGGGAGCCGAGCUCAAGCCCCCCACCGACAUCCGAGCAGCUGAAAACCGUGCGGAUUGCAGACGAAGCAGCUCUACACGAGGAUGACGGCGUUGAUGAGACUGAGCUGGAACGGCGACGACGUCAAACCGAGGCGAACGCCCAAGCUCUAACAUUGGAGAUGAUGGGUGAUUUACCGUUUGCCGAGGUUAAACCACCAGAGAACGUGCUUUUUGUGUGCAAACUUAACCCAGUCACUGGAGACGAGGAUUUGGAGCUUAUAUUCGGACGAUUCGGGAAGAUUUUGAGCUGCGAGGUAAUUAGGGACCAGAAAACAGGGGACAGCUUGCAGUACGCGUUUAUUGAAUACGAAGACAAGGCGUCUUGCGAGACGGCAUAUUUCAAGAUGCAGGGAGUGUUGAUCGACGAUCGCAGAAUACAUGUGGACUUUUCGCAAAGCGUUAGCAAGCUGAGCGACAUGUGGCGGAAAGACACAAAUAGCAAGCGAAAGGCAAACGCCUCGCGGGGAGGCUGGGGCGGCGUUCGCGAACUGGAAAAGCGGAGGCAGUACAGGGCUGAGGAAGAUAGGGCCGAGAAGAACAACUAUGGCAUGAUACACGGAGAAGAAGAGAUGCAGGGCCGUCAUGCUCGGGGUGGCAGAAUUGACGCUCGAGAACAUGAUCAGUCACCGACACGAGGAGGCCAGGGCCGAAGGGAACAAGGUCGAAGUCGCAGCCCCCGCCGAGGAGAUCGAGACGGCGGUGACAGGUAUAGUGGCAAAGACGUUGGCGGCCGUAGCGGAAGGAGAGAUUGGGACUACAGAGCCCGUGAUCGUAGGCGUGAUGACAGGGGCGUCGAUAGAGGCAGGAAUUGGAAGCAAGAUCAGCACCGGGGUCACGACCGAGAUGACCGUUAUUGA